AUGGCGGCCCCUUCCGCCCAAGCCCGCCUCACGCUUCAGAGCGCGUUUGAGCGGUUUGCUUCCACUGUCACACCAGACGAUGAGCGACUAUUCCGCAACACCGAGCUCAAAAAUGUCCGGGAUGAGGUUAUGCAGAUCGAGCGGCAGCUUCGCGCGCGCCGCAUGCAACGGAACAUGGCUCGACUUGAUCCAUUUCUGCGGGGAAUGGAGCAUUACUCCAAGGUAGUCGAGGUGCUGUGCAAUGGGACACCUUAUCUUUCAUGGAUCUGGGCACCAGUGAAGCUGAUGCUUAUGAUCACGGUCGACUCGAUCAGUGCUUUCGAAAAGCUCAUUGAAGCAUACGGCAAGAUCGGGGACAUGCUUCCUCGCCUGGAUCGUCUCGGCAAUGCACUUGUCGACGACCACAACUUUUAG